AUGGCUUUAGUUGCUUACGAAAAUAGUGACUCUAGUGAAUAUGAGGACGACGCGGAAGAAAAUAACAUACCGUUUAAGCAGCUCAAAAAAGAAGAUGACGCAGUUACUAAGCCCGAGUUAGCUGAACCUGAAAGUAGUACAAAUCUGUUUAAUCAACUUCCAAAACCAGUAAAAGACACUAAGAGCAUAAUAGAGGAAGAUGACGAAUUUUUACACAAAAAGGAUCCCCAGCCAGAUAUCGUGAAACCUAAAACAAGGAUAACAAUACCUUUGUUGAGUGAUUUCAAAGAUGUUCAAAAUACAGUACCAACUUCCAAAACGAAAUGUAUGGGUGAGAAAAAGUCUGGUCUACUCAGUAUACUGCCGCAACCGAGAAACAAAUUUACGAGCACAACAAAAUCAUUAAUUCCUAAUAUUGUUUCACAAAACACAAAAACAAAUAAUGUUAAAAAACAACUUCCGACCCCAGCAAAGUUAAAGACAGAGUCAAAUUCAUCUCUGGUUAAUGAAUAUUCCGAUGAAAGUGACAACGAUGAAGAUGUGCAAAAUGAUUUCUUUUCUAUUCAUAAAUCUGUUGACUUACCUCCCGACGCUCCAUUAGAUAUUGAUGUUAAACCCGUCGAGAAAACAUCCACUAAGCAACCAAGGAGUUUGGAGUCCUACUUUAAGAAAGACACACAUGUGGAAUUACAACCAGAUAUAGAUCUUGAUAAUCCUAUGAACUAUGUCGAUGAUGCAACUUCAGAGCCGACAAAAAGCAUAGAAAGUAAUACUAAUGAGAUCCUUAACGAGGAAGCAAUAUUAAAACUGACCGGUGCUCGAGGUAAGAGAAAACGAGAGGAAAUACAGAUAGUAGAUAUAAAUCAACAAGAAAUACUUGAUGAAGCGAGGGCCAUGUUGAUGGAAGGUUUGAUGAAGGACACGAGUAAGAUACAAUCAUCGAGUAGGAAAACUGGCAACGGACCGACCAGCCAGCAGAAGAGAAAACAUCAAAUCACUUAUUUGGCACACCAGGCUAAAGCCAAUGAACAAGAGCUUCAAAACCAAUGGGCCCACAACAGAAUGUCAAGGAGACAAACACAGUCUAAAUAUGGAUUUUAA